AAAUACUAUAAGUGAAAAAAAAAGACUUAAAAAAGAAGAAGAAGAAGCAUGCGACUCUUCUCCCCUUCAUCUUCUUCGCCAAAACCCAACUUUCCUCUCUUUUCUCCUCCUCAAAACCCCAAAAAACCCUCCUUCAAAUCGUUCCCUCCCUUCAAAACUCGCCUUUUCCUCUCCCUUCCUCCAUGCAGCGCUACGAACUCACCGUCUGUCCCAGUUCUGGACCAAGAAACCGACCUCCAACUCCCUUCGGAAGCCGACAAAGACUUCAAGAAGGUCCUCGUUGUUCGAAGGCCAGCCAUGGAUGUCCCCGUUGAAGAAGAAGAUGGUCAAGAAGAUGACGGAAACGACGGCGUUUCGAAACCAUCGGGUAUAGAUGCUGGUCUCGAAAACUUCGCUAAGAAGAUGCCUAUAUUCGAACCCGAAAGAGGCGAGUUCUCCGGUGGUGCUCAAGAGAAGCCGCUUGCGGUGAACUUGGACUUGGCAUUGUAUAAAGCCAGGGUUUUGGCCAGGAAGUUUCGAUACGAUGAAGCUCAAAAGAUAUUGAAGAAGUGUAUAUACUAUUGGCCAGAAGAUGGGAGAUCAUAUGUAGCAUUGGGGAAGAUAUUGGGCAAGCAAUCGAAAAAGGCCGAUGCGAGAGCUGUAUACGAGAGAGGUAGCCAAGCCACACAAGGAGAGAAUCCCUACAUUUGGCAGUGCUGGGCUGUGUUGGAGAAUAAGAUGGGGAAUAUAAGAAGGGCGAGAGAACUUUUCGAUGCGGCCACCGUUGCCGACAAAAGACACAUAGCUGCCUGGCAUGGAUGGGCAGUUCUAGAGCUAAAACAGGGGAAUGUCAAGAAGGCAAGGCAUCUGCUUGCUAAAGGUCUCAAAUUUUGUGGUGGGAAUGAGUAUGUCUAUCAAACCCUUGCAUUGCUUGAAGCUAAAGCAAAUAGGUACGAGCAGGCUCGGUACUUGUUCAGGCAGGCCACCAAGUGCAACCCAAAAAGCUGUGCCAGUUGGCUUGCAUGGGCACAAUUGGAGGUGAAACAGGAAAACAAUCGUGCUGCUAGGCUACUAUUUGAGAAAGCAGUCCAAGCGAGCCCCAAGAACAGGUUUGCAUGGCAUGUUUGGGGAGUUUUUGAAGCUAAUAUAGGCAAUGUUGACAUGGGAAGAAAACUUUUGAAGAUAGGCCAUGCACUCAACCCACGAGAUCCUGUUUUACUUCAGUCUCUUGCGUUGUUGGAAUAUAAACACUCGACCGCAAAUCUAGCUCGUGUUUUGUUUAGGAGAGCCUCUGAGCUGGACCCGAGGCACCAACCAGUGUGGAUUGCAUGGGGCUGGAUGGAAUGGAAGGAAGGGAAUAUAUCAACAGCAAGGGAGUUGUACCAAAGAGCUCUUUCGAUUGACUCAACUACUGAAAGUGCUGCUCGAUGCUUACAGGCUUGGGGUGUUUUGGAACAAAGAGCCGGCAACUUAUCGGCGGCUAGAAGGUUAUUUCGAUCGUCCCUCAAUAUAAAUUCGCAGAGUUAUGUAACAUGGAUGACAUGGGCAGCAUUGGAGGAGGACCAAGGAAAUUCUGUGCGUGCUGAAGAAAUCCGUAACCUCUAUUUCCAGCAGCGUACCGAAGUCGUGGACGAUGCUUCAUGGGUGAUGGGAUUUUUAGAUGUCAUUGACCCUGCACUUGACAGCAUAAAGAGAUUCCUGAACUUGGAUCAAGGCCUUAGCAACAAAGCAAAGGAGCCUUUGAAAGAUGCAGGAGCUAAUGAAAAUGGCGACGAUAGAAACCGAAGUGGAUUCAAUCUGGAUGCUUUCAUCGAAGAUGCUUUAUCGUUAGAUCCGUCAAAGCUAGACGUUUUGAUGGAGAACUCCGGAAAUUUGUCUCCUAAGAGAGUAAAAUCUCCAAGAAUGUGGAAAUCACAGGGAAGAACCACCAUAACUUUGCCUCGACGGAGCUUAUAAAAGUUACGGCCACGAUUGCGAUUGCCGAAGCAUACUUGAAUAUUUAUAUAUAUAUUGUUAUCUAAGAUGCAGCAAUGGAUGCUUCUUAGGCACACUAUGAAACUGGAAAAAGAAAGCUAGUAUGGUA